UGCCAUCCUCCUUCCUAACAAAAAAAAAAGAAGUGCAAAAUGCUCUUAUUCUUAUCAUCUUCUACUCUCUCUGCCUUCUCUCUUUGGCUCUGCAGCUCCAAAAUCUAAGUUUUGAGCAAUGGGCAUGACUAUCUCCACUCUAGUUAGGAUGUUGUUUGCCAAGAAGGAGAUGCGCAUUUUAAUGGUUGGUCUUGAUGCUGCUGGCAAGACCACCAUUCUUUACAAGUUGAAGCUUGGCGAGGUUAUCACCACCAUCCCCACUAUUGGUUUCAAUGUGGAAACUGUGGAGUAUAAGAAUGUUAGCUUCACUGUGUGGGAUGUUGGUGGCCAAGAUAAGAUCCGGCCUUUAUGGAGGCAUUACUUCCAGAACACACAAGGGCUUAUAUUUGUCAUCGAUAGCAAUGAUCGAGAACGGAUAGCGGAAGCAAGAAAUGAGCUUCAUCGAAUUCUGAGUGAGGAUGAACUCCGGGGGGCGACAUUGCUCGUCUUUGCUAAUAAACAAGACCUGCCAAAUGCAAUGCGUGUCUCUGAGAUAACUGACAAACUCGGGUUACAUUCUCUUCGUCAACGCAAUUGGUAUAUACAGAGCUGUUGUGCUGCUUCAGGUGAGGGCCUCUAUGAAGGACUUGAUUGGUUAUCAAGCAACAUAUCUAAAGGAAAAUAGAUUUCCCAGAAAACCAUCCUCUUAUAUGAAUAAAAUCAUGAAUAAUUAACAAAAAAAAAAAAAAAUCUGAAUAUAUAUAUACACAUUAUUAUAAUAUCUAGUGUUGGUCGUGUAACUUUGACUUAUGGAUGUUGGUAUGCCAAUAAAUUGAGAUUUUAUGAGUGA